ACCCGCGCCGGCCGCCUCAAGGAGUACUUCGUGUUCCGGCCCGGAACGAUAGAGCAAGCCGUUCACGAGAUUCGCGUUGUCGUGAUGCCGACCGAAGAUGGAGAAGUGCAGAGCGUAUGGCUGCUCACCGAAAUUGAUCACUGGAAUAACGAGAAGGAGCGUCUAGUUCUUAUCACAGAUUGGUCCCUUCUGAUCUGUAAAUACGACUUCAUUAGCCUGCAGUGCCAGCAUGUGACAAGAAUAUCACUCAAUGCAGUUGAUACCAUCUCUGUAGGGGAGUUUGAGUUCCCACCUAAAUCUCUAAACAAGCGAGAAGGUAUUGGUAUUCGAAUUCAGUGGGACAAGCAAAGUCGUGCCUCCUUCAUAAACAGAUGGAAUCCAUGGUCCACAAAUGUUCCAUAUGCCACAUUCACUGAACAUCCAAUGGCAGAUGCUGAUGAGAAGAUUGCAUCCCUUUGCCUACUAGAAAACUUUAAAACUCAACUAAUUCAAGCUGUGAAGAAAGCCCAUAAGGAGUCACCAUUGCCAGGAAGAGCUAAUGGCGUAUUAGUGCUGGAGCGUCCUCUUCUGAUUGAAACUUACCUGGGAUUGAUGUCCUUCAUCAACAACGAAGCAAAACUUGGCUACUCCAUGACAAGAGGCAGAAUUGGAUUUUAAAGUUUGUUGCUUUUAAUGUUUUCAAAGCAAAGCUAUUUGAAAUUAGUCUCCUGGAGAGAGUGGCAGAAUACUCAAUAAUCAAAAUGAAGUUAUGGGAAUAAAAGCAGUUGGCUGCAGAACCAUCAGUUCACAGAAGUUAUCUGUGAUUAUCAUCAUGAAGAUUGCUAGAAUGCACAUCAGAUUAAUCUUAAGUGGACACAAGGUAGCAUCGUUCUUGUACUUUGUAUCUAGUUUUCAGUUUUUACUGGUUCAUAUGCAAGGCUAGUGAACAGUGGUAUUUCCUCUUCCUUUCUAACUACAUGCUCUUUGCCUGUUAACUAAGCGUGACUGGUAUCUGCUACAGACACUCCACACAAAUAUCCAAGAUACAGUAGCAUGUUCAUGCCAUAUCACAGUUGUAUCCCUAUAUAUAGUGUCAAAUCAUGUGGUGUGUUUAGGAUUGAUUUGUACUGUUCAAAGAGGUAUUAGUGGCUCAAGAUUACAGUAAUUUUAGUAUUUUGAUUAUUUCCAUAUCAAGAAAUUUUAUGGUUGUCAGUCAUUCUGUAGCAAAACACUGAGACAGCAAAUUUGGUUAAAGCCGUACUGUUAUGCCCUCUCAGAAACAGCAUAUUUGAACUAUUACUUUAUAAACUGAAGUAUAUGGCUGAACAUAAGUUCAUAACUAUUUUUGUAAUAGCCUCCCUCUCAAAAAUCUAAUUGAAUCUAAGUUGCAAGUUUCUUGCAUACAAUUUCUUGCUGCAACCAUAAUAAAGACCUGUCUUGAAACAAUAGCCAAAAGCCUCGUGAACACAUUUGCCUUCAAAGUUAUUUACACAAAACAUUUUUUAUAACUUAAAUUCUACUUUAAUUAGAUUUAUAUUCUUAGCAAUUUUUCUUAAAUCUACUCUAGUGUGGGACAGCAGCAGAGCAGGACUUUCUAAUGGAGACUGAUAAAACUAAGCAGUAUACAUCAAUCUUGAUUUAUAUAAUCUUGCACUUAACCUCAUACAAAUCCUGAGUACAGAAUGAAUUUCAGAUGCAGCAUAAGAAAUACAAUAAUCUCGAGCAAUUUUGGUUGGAGUAACAAGCUUUUUCACUGUGUAUGACCAUCUACGUGUCAUUUUACCAUAGCAUCUCUCUGCUACUAUAAUGCUGAAUAAAAUUCUGUGCAGCCGUGGUAUUUUUCUGAACUUAAAUAAAGUAGAUGUAUGUUUCUGAAACUUAUGUAAAAUGGAAGUGAUGAUGGAAUGAAUGCAACAAACUGCAUGGCCUUCUUGAUGCAUUUUCUAAGAUAUCUAUUUAACUUUUGUUAAUCUUGUAGUAAAGUUAAAUUCCAACUUAA